AGACUGCUCGUGAUCUCUCGCUCUCAUACCCUCCCCACUUCACUCGGGCAUACACAGACUUUCAUGCGGACACGAGAGGGGUGUUGUUUUUUAGUCGUGAUCGCUUUAAUCUGUCCGUUUUAAAGAGUCGCGUAGUCAUGCGCAUGUUUUCCUAUUUACUGCGUUUUCCAGCCGCCUAACAGAAGGUGAAUGCUGUCGUUUUAAACGAGUCGUCAUAUUCACUGCGUACGUUUUUAAAUCCGGGACAUAUAAUCGCAUUCAGCGUGAAAAACUGAAGGAAGGGCUUUAUACGACAGCCAGCGGACUGGAUUUGUGUUACGAGGCUUUAGUCGCCUGAAGCUCUUUCGCACCUGCCACCAAAAUGUCUGCCCCGGAUGCCAAUGCGGCCCCUGGAGGCCCAGAGGGUGAGGGAGGCACCGGCCCACCCAACCUCAGCAGCAACCGUCGUCUCCAACAGACACAGGCCCAAGUAGACGAGGUGGUGGACAUCAUGCGUGUGAAUGUGGACAAGGUCCUGGAAAGAGAUCAGAAGCUGUCAGAGCUGGACGACCGGGCGGAUGCGCUGCAGGCCGGAGCAUCGCAGUUCGAAAGCAGCGCCGCUAAACUGAAAAACAAGUACUGGUGGAAGAAUGCUAAGAUGAUGAUCAUCAUGGGCAUUAUUGGGGUCAUCAUGAUAGGUGUCCUUUUCAUGUACUUCUACUAUUGAGCCUCUCCUGGGACACACAUGGACAGGAGACCGAGCUUUGUGUGAACUCAACUCCACCCCCGUCUCUCCCCACCAAUGCCUUUCAUUCAAUCCACAGUGUGUGUGCAGUCGUUGAAGCAGUGCCUCUCCCUCUUUUUGUCCAUCACCGCUUUCCUUUGCAACUCUUGACUGCUUUGCAUCAGUGCCCGAGCUUAUUCAAAAACUCAUUUGGUUUGGAUGUCUGUGGUUUUGGAUUUGACGACUUGGUCCUUGUUAGGCCAAAAUAGAUGAUGCAAUAAUCUAGAUUUGUAGCGCUGGUCCAAAUAAACCAAUACAUAACUAAAUAGAGAGAAAAAAAGUCAAUUAAGACUGAUUUGAGUAAUGCAUUUAUUCAUAUUAUUAUUUAUUAUGCAUUUAUGCUAAAACUUAUGAUUUUGCCCAGAGAUGACUGCAGUGGUCUGAUAUGGUUGCAAUUUUAUGGAGUGACAAACUGCAUUUUUAAAAAGUAAAAAUACAAGAAAUGCUCAUUUGAAGUUAAUAGAUAUUUUCCUUCAUUGGUUACAUGCAAAAAUGAGUUUACCCAUUUAGGUUUUUAAAUGCAACUUUAAUACAUUUUAUUUACCUGAUGGACCUAUAACCUGAAUGAUUUAGGUAGGAGUAUAGACCAGUCACCAUGUGUAAUAAAUAAUGUCUUAAAGUGACAACACACACGGUGAAUUCAAAGGUUAAGUUUGUACUUAGGAUAAGAGGAAUAUCUGAUCAUUGCCACUUUAAUUCUUUACGUCAACCAAAAGAUCAGCGACAUCACAAAGAAAAAAAAUACACAAUGCAAAAUGAGGAUAGCGUCUAACAUUUACUACAGUAUUGGAAAUGCACUAACAAGGCGACUGAUAUUUUUGUGACGUGUUAUUGUAAGCCAUACUUUGUGGAUUUAUUUCAUGAUAUUAGAAAUACUGACCUGUGUUUGCAGAUGCUAUAGAACAGCAUACACCACACAAAACUAUUGAACUAGAAGGAUUGUGUAAAACAAAUGUGGUUAUUUAUUGACUGAAUACAGACUGGAAAGAGUUCUUUAAAUGUAUUUGUAAAUAUUUCAUGUGGGAGCAAAUGCCCCGUCAGCACUGGACAAUGUUCAGGGAUGCACAGCUGCAUGUGUUUGUGUUAAAUAUGCAUAAAAUCAUCAUAGUGAUCUUAAGUUUGAUAGAUGACAAGUUUCUCAAGUGUUUUUGGAGGUAAUAUGGACAUAUUGUCCAGCACCGAAUGCAUUUGCUCUUUACUGGAAUUUAAUGCAAGACCAUGUGUGCAUUGAUUCCCCUGCAUCGAGGAUUCAUUCAAAAUAGCAAACCAACCUGAUGAAGAGCAGUGUAGGUCAUCUUCCUAUUAGAUUCCUGAAUGCUUUCAGGAGCGUAGUGUUUUAUGCAAGCUAUGCGUUUGUAAAUACGUGCUGCAGAAAUGCAAUCGAAUAACAGCUCCCUGAGCAUUCUGAGCCAUGCUGCUAACUUCUGUGGUUCAUUAAAGCAUGUCUGCUUGCCCACCAUGUGCUGAUUCUAAUAAAGUGAUAAUGCUCUUA